AUGGAGGGCAUCACCGCUCUUCUCAUAGCGGUCAAUACGACGUUCAUGAUCAUCGAGGGGCAGUAUUUGGGUGCGGAGAUCGGCAGUGAGAUCGGAGUAUAUUCCUAUUAUGGGUCUGACAGGUUUUCUGAAGAAGGAGUCGUGCUGACCUCUGACAUGUUCGGCACCAUUGAGGUCGUCUUCUGCGUACUGUUCACGAUCGAGCUGGUUGUGAGGCUCACCUUCCUGCGUCUCGACUUCCUGCGUGAUCCAUGGGGCUGGCUCGACACGGUAAUCGUGCUUACCACCGAUGCCACGGCUUUCUUCCCUGACCUCCUGGGGCAGGCGAUGCCAGUCAUGACCCUCCGCGUCACGCGACUGGCCCGGCUGCUGCGGAUCAUGAGGCUGGCGCGCUCGAUCACGGCGUUCGACUCGCUCUAUCUGCUGACGACAGCUCUCCGUGGGAGCAUAUAUACACUGGUGUGGGUCAUCGCUUUCCUGUUCAUCACUUAG